UAAACUGAUGUCUCCUGUUUAGACGAGCACAGAGGAAGCGAGGAAUUAAAUGCGCAGUCUCAUAGUCGACCUCUAUAGACUCUGUACUAAGCCAGCUGUGUUUUUCAUAUCGGCUGUUCAUAUACAAUCAUAGGAACAGAAGAAGCUAAUGUAGACUGUUAGCUGCGAGAAUUCAGAAGCCGAAUCGUUCAAGAGUCACACCCUUGUGUUCACUGUCCUCCUCCGGCCACGCGGUCGCGGGUACAGAUGCGCGGCCCCGCUUCUGGGACCGGAUUACAGCGGGACUCUUCCCUGCAAAGAUCUCGGUGCUGAAACAACUAAGACCCAUCAAGAAAGUCAUAAGACUAUGAGUUCACCGAUGUACACGUUUGUUUUGAGAGAUGACAACAGUUCUGUGUAUGCCGAGGUCGCCAAGAUCCUCAUCUCUACUGGGAAAUGGAAACGACUGAAGAAGGACAAUCCUCGGUUCAAUUUAAUGCUGGGAGAGAGAAAUCGGCUGCCUUUCGGACGGCUGGGUCAUGAACCAGGACUGAUGCAGUUGGUGAAUUAUUAUAGAGGAGCUGAUAAACUGUGUCGCAAAGCAUCACUGGUCAAGAUUGUCAAGACCAGUCCAGAGUUAAAGGACUCCUGUAACUGGUUCCCGGAGUCUUACAUCAUAUACCCAACCAACCUCAACACCCCAGUGGCCCCGGCCUCCAAUGGCAUCUGCCACAUGAAGAGCAACCCAAAGACAGAUGAGCGAGAGGUCUUCUUGGCUUCUUAUAACUCCAGAAAGGAAAGCGGAGAGGGAACGGUGUGGAUCGCCAAAUCCUCAGCAGGUGCAAAAGGUGCAGGUAUAUUGAUAUCUCAUGAUGCAAAUGAGUUGCUUGAGUUCAUCGAUAAUCAAGGCCAAGUGCAUGUCAUUCAGAAAUAUCUGGAAAAACCGCUGCUGUUAGAGCCGGGACAUCGCAAAUUUGAUAUAAGGAGUUGGGUGCUUGUAGACCAUCAGUAUAAUAUCUACUUGUACCGUGAGGGAGUGUUGAGGACGUCUUCUGAGCCCUACAACAGCUCAGAUCUGCAGGACAUGACCAGUCACCUGACCAAUCACUGCAUCCAGGAGGAGCAUUCGCAGAACUACGGACGCUACGAGGAGGGCAACGAGAUGUUCUUUGAUGAGUUCAGACAGUACCUGUUGACCACACACAGUGUUGCCAUGGAAACAUCGAUUUUACCUCAGAUCAAGCAUAUCAUCAGGAGCUGUCUGACAUGCAUCGAGCCAGCCAUCAGCACAAAGCACCUGUCCUACCAGAGCUUCCAGCUCUUCGGCUUUGACUUCAUGCUGGACGAGAGCUUUAAAGUCUGGCUAAUUGAGAUCAAUGGGGCACCUGCCUGUGCACAGAAACUCUACCCUGAGCUGUGUCAAGGCAUCAUGGAUGUAGCCAUCUCCACAGUCUUCUCUCUGAGUGCAGAUGCCAUCUUAUCCUCACCUCCGUUCUCCACUUCUCCAUCUCUGUCCUCCAACUCCUGCUCCUCACCCAAGAUCAGAGCGCCCCAUCACUUCGGCCCAUUCAUCAAACUAUAAACUGCCCCUCCCCAUAGUCCUGCCCAAAAACGGCAACCAAUCUAGGAGGCAUAAGGAUGUACACCUGAUCUUGGGGAUGAGCAUGCAGGGGAUUCAUCACUGUCUGAAGAGGACAGAAGGCACAUGAGGUCACCCCUGUAAACUCCUCUUCCAAACCCAGAGGAGUCCACAAGGUAACGACUGGAAGGUGAGGAGAAUCCUGCACAUACUGAUGUAGCAGUACUCAGAAAAGUGUGAUUUGUUUUUAAAGACAAGCAUGCACACUUAUAAUUGAGACUACAGUUGUUUGAGGCUUUAACACUCAAAAGACGUGACUUUGCAAGCACACAUUUGAAUAAGAAGUUGUAGCCACUGAAGAGGAAGGUUUACAGUAGCUCCCUAGAUCUGUUGUGUCCACAAGACUCCUCAGGGCUUUCCCAGGCACCUUGAUGAAACGGAGGGUGGAUUUGAGACUUUAGUGCCUUACAUAUUCACGUCCUCGCUAACGCUAACUCCCAACAAGCUAACCUGGCUUUUUGUACGUCUGUAUGUGUCCCAUCAGCUCUGUUAUCUAUCAGAUCCUGUGUUUUAUGCUGUUAGCUUAAGUGUGUAUUAAACCGUUUUGAAACCACAAAAGAAUCUUUCUCAGAUGCAUAUAUGUAUGAUUUGCAGUGUAUUGUACAUUGUUGUGAUGUCUUCAAAACAGUAUUUGGUAGAAGUGGCAGAAUAUAUGUUUUGUUUGAAUAUUUAUUUGGUUUUGUAUUGUCUUGUUACUAUUCUGACCAGAUUUCGUCUUCCCACUGAUUCUGUUGCUGUUAAUUCAGACACAUUUUAGGUCUGGUUUAUAAUUACUUUGUGACAGGCAAUCAAGCUCAUCUGGGAAUUGGGGACACACUUCCUUCUGCUUGAAUUGUCAGGGGACAAACACUAGCAUUCACAAAUCGCUUAUUAUCCAGGAGACAAAUUAUAUAUUUAAAUGUCCAUCAGUUUAGUUUAGUUAUUCCAUUCAUUCUUAGUUAUUCAGUUAUUUUCCACAAAA